AUGAAUGACAAAUCAUCAACCUCUACAUCUGGUUGCAUUCAUAAUGACUCGGCGGAACCUAAUUUGGAUGAACCAUUCUCACAUGGAUCGUCAUUUAGUUUCCCCACUUCCACUAUUCGGGUAGACGGCCGUGAACUUCCUGAAGACUUGCGUAUAUGGCGGCCCUCCGAAUACGCUGAUAUUGCCACUUUGAGUCUUGAUGACGUCUAUCGCAUGCCAAUAUGCGGACACUCAGCAACUGCCAACAAUGAUAAAGAAGCUCAGUCAAACCUUGCAUCCAUUGGGAAUGGACUGGAAGGUGUUCUCCACAAAGUUGAAACAACGUUCUCUUCUCUGGCUUGUCUCUCUACUCUCUGUUUGGUUGACAAUCUCAUAAACUUCUUCACAAUCAUCACCUACAUCAUCCAUUUUGUCAGUGAAAAUCACAGUCAUUUCCACACUGGACGUAACGAGAUCGGCAUGGAGCUAGACAUGGCUUUUCAACUGCAAAAUGAACUUUUCCGCCGUCUGCCUCCGACAGAUAUUCGGCGCAUUAUAAAUCUCCUGAUAGAUAAUGUGCUAAGUAAAGCUCGUACCAACUACCCUGGGCUUGACUGUCUUCGAGCCUUCGCAUUUCUUGCCGUCUCACCUCUUCUCGACACACCUCGUUUCCCCAAUUUAUCGACUAAAGUGACCUCUUCAGGUUCUUCCACAAACAGCGCUCAUAAUAAUGGGACUGCUACUGAUUCCGUUUCCGAAAAUGCGGGCCUUGACUUAGCUGCCUCAGGAACUCCAUAUGGUAAGCAGACAGGAGGC